AUGAAGGUAUGUAAGAACCAGCUCCUCAAUCAAAUCUUGGGAAAUUCCAUCUCAACUUUUGUGAGGGAGAGUCCACAAACCUUCCAGAGCGCGAGCUAUAUGUUGGACUCAAACCCAAAGCUUGGGUUGAGACCAGCUCCACCCGAAAGUGCAAUCUCGAGAAUGGAAGUCUUUUACGGAUCCUCUUCCGAAAAUUCUCUGGAUGAGCUCAAUGCAAGUCCUUCCAGUUCAGAACAUGAGACUGAAGAAGAUCAGUGGGCCUCUCCAUUUCCCGAAGAAGCAAUUCCGUACACAGAAUCACCGGAACAAGGAGUAUCUGCCUCUCCAACAUCCCAAGGAUACCCGCAAAGAUACCAAGAAGCUCUACGUGGUUUUCAAAAACCCCUCUUCAACAACCAAGCCCUCGCUGGUGGAAUCCACAAGCACAAAAAACAAACAGCCUCCAAUGAGAUGCGGAACUGCCGGCAAGAGAGGGAGAGAGAAAAGAGGAAGUUUUUGUUGGCGGAGAGAAAGGAGUGGAUGGGUGCUAAUCAGGUGUUGGCGAAAAGGGUUCAGAUGUUGAAAAGAGACGUUAGAAGGUUGAAGGAGAUUGUGACGUGUGAGAGGCCAGUGUACCGAAGAGUAAAAACAGAGGUGGGGAUGCUGAGAGGCGUAGUAAGGAAAUUGGUAGGAAGAGGAAUGUUUUUGAGGGAGGAAUUGAGAAAGGCAGAGGCAGAUAAGCUCAAGCUGCAAAGGGUGGUUCGUAGAUUGGAGCAAGAUGAUGAGGCAUUAAGCGAGCAAUGGAUGAGCCAGCAGGAGGAAUUGAACAAUGUUCGUUGA